GGGGCCUGAACCCACAAACCUCAAGGUCAUGACCUGAGGCAAAGUCGGAGGCUUAACCAACUGAGCCACCCAGGCACCCCGACUAGAAGUUUGUUUCUUAUUCAUGUAAAUAGUCCAAGGUGGUCUUGGGAGUGUUCUCCUUCACUAUAAUUCAAGAACCCAGGUUGAUGGAGGCUUUGUCAUCUUCAGCAAGAUCAGGAUCAUCCAGGCAUUGACAUCCAGUUGGCAUAAAGGUAAGGUGCAAGGAGGGGCACACGUAGGCGGUUUUAUGGGCCAGGUGCACAUAGAAACACAUCAUCGUUUCACCUGUCAUUGGCCAGAACGUGGUCACAUGGUCAUACCACAUUGCAAGGAAAUCUUGAGAAAUGUGUAGUUGUGUGUCCUGGAAAAAAGAGCCACCAACAGGCCUUGCUACACUUGAGCCUCGAAGUCAUUUUUUAAAGCAUUUCCUGUUGUGAUGCUGCUACUUAGUUUUGUUUUUAAGUCCAGAGAUAAGUUUCAAAAAGGCUAACUUUAAAAGAUAGCUGAAGUGAAGAAGCCUUAUCUGACCAUACAUGGGAAGCCUUCACUUCUAAUUCUGUUCCUUGUAUCUAUUCUGGGUUUUGUUUUGUUUUGUUUUAAAUCUAGGCAGACAUCUCUGUAACCCAGUUUCCUCAGUUGAUGAAGUGAGUUUCAUUCUUUUUCCUUCAUCAGAAAUGUGUACGAGAUUUUUUUUUGUAAUAGAGCCCCUUUAUUACCCACUUUGUGCCAGCAGCACAUAUUAAAUAACACAGAGAUACCCAUUAAGUCACUGAAGGCAUGAGCCCUCACAAUGAACCAAAAUGGAUUUUGUGUCUGAUUUAAGGUCAAGACCCGUUUUGGUUCUGACUAUUACUUUAACAAAUAAGGUAGACUUCUUUCUGAGCCACAUAAACAGUUUUUUGUUUUGUUUUGUUUUGUUUUUCCUGUAGACAAGCUGCUCAGUGUUGGUUUCUUAAACUAGGUGAAGUCUUCCUAAUAUGUAUAUUAUCCAUCUCAAAUUUUCCACCAAUAGGAAUGCAAGGCAAGCACAGCAUCAGCUGGGAGUCAUUGGCUGAUAAUGUUGAGCUCAUAGUCACUCCCCCACAUUGAGCUUCAGGAUCAGGGCCGAUGGAGAGGGUGGAAUUGUAGAGGACACCAAAGAGGAAUUUCUUCCCCAGAGGAGAGUUUGUCCCAACAACCAUGUGAUGAGAUUCAAACGGUCUUGGUGUAGACUUGAGUAGUUCACCAUAUUCCUUUCCAAAAUUAUAUGGAAAUUCUUCUGAAAACAAACUCUGUGUCUUAGAAAGGAAAGGUCUUUUAAAGAAACAUGGUGAAUUACUACAAAGUACUAGGAGUGCCUCAAAAUGCUUCCCCGUCUGAUAUUAAGAAGGCUUACCACCAGUUAGCUCUUCAGGUACAUCCAGACAAGAACCCAAAAAACAGGGAGGAAGCUGAAGAGAAAUUCAAACAAGUAGCAGAAGCCUAUGCGGUCUUGUCUGAUGCCAAGAAACGCAACAACUAUGACAAGUCCAGAGGAAACCGCAUCAAAAUGGAAGAUAAAGGGGACUUCAGCAGGGACAAAAACUGUUUGAAAGAGGAACCAUGGUUUGAGAGGCCACACUGUGGCUUUCAAAAUGUCUUUGAAGACAAAGACCACUUCUCAUGGGACUAUUUUUCCACUGGUCAUAUGGGUAGGGCCAGAAGAUUCCGCUCCUCCUUCUUUGAUGUGAUCCCCAUACUGGACACAGGCUUUUCCACAUUUGUAUCCCUGGGCUCCAGAACAAGUCCCCCUUCCUCUGAAACAUUUUUACCCUUUGUAAGCAGUGGAAUGGGAAACUUCAGAUUGGUCACCACUUGUAGCCAGAUAGUGAAUGGCAAGAGAGUUGUUACAAAGAAAGUUCUAGAAAAUGUGAGGGGGAAGACCGAAGUGGAAAAAGGAAACCUAUUUCAUCAGAUUCCUCCACGUCAUUGAAAUACAUCAGCCUGCCAAUGGGGAACACGCGGGAAAAAGAAGAUUGAGGUGAAGUUCUCUGUUUGCCUUUUAUAAGUUACCUAAAAGGCAAGACAAGGAAAGCAGACAGACGGGGUUAGAGUACCUAUACCUAGACUCUACAACCAGGAGCUGGAGGAGGAGUAAGCAACUAAUGAAUACCACCAACAGUGUGUUGGGAAGGACAUUACAACAGCUCUAUGAAGCAUAUGCCUCCGAGAAUAACAACACAGCCUAUCUAAUAUACAAUGAUGGAGUCCCUACAUCUGUGAAUUACAGCAGAAAGUAUGGACACACUAAAGGUUUACUGCUGUGGAACCGAGUGCAGGGAUUUUGGCUGAUUCAUUCUAUUCCCAGAUUUCCUCCAGCUCCUGAAGAAGGCUAUGAUUAUCCACCCACAGGGAGGAGACAUGGACAAUCUGGCAUCUGCAUAACUUUUAAGUACAACCAGUAUGAAGCAAUAGAUUCUCAGCUCUUGGUCUGUAACCCAAACAUUUAUAGCUGUUCCAUCCCAGCCAUCUUUCACCAGGAGCUCGUUCAUAUGCCCCAGCUGUGCUCCAGAUCCAGCUCAUCAGAGAUCCCUGACCGGCACCUCACUGCACUUCAGUCAGCCCGGGGCCAAAAAUUCCUCCAUUUUGCAAAGUCUGGUUCUUUUCUUGACGACAUCUUUGCAGCCUGGAUGGCUCAACAGUUGAAGACACAUUUGCUAACAGAAACCUGGCAGCGAAAGAGACAAGAGCUUCCUUCAAACUGCUCCCUUCCUUACCAUGUCUACAAUGUCAAAGCAAUUAAGAUAUCUGGACACUCUUAUUUCAGUUCUUACCAGGAUCAUGCCAAAUGGUGUGUUUCCCAAAAGAAGACCAAAAAUCGCUGGACCUGCAUUGGAGACCUAAAUCGGAGCCCAUACCAAGCCUUCAGAAAUGGAGGAUUCAUUUGUACCCAGAAUCAGCAUAUUUACCAUGCAUUUCAAGGAUUGGUUUUGUAUUAUGAGAACUGUAACUAAACUUGGUGAAAAGACAUAUGUACCAUUAUUUUCAGCACUGACAAUGGGUCUUCUUCCAUUAGAUCCAUUCUUUAUAUACUAAAAGCCUGUGACUAUACUUAUAGUCACAAAUCAUCAAAUAAAAUGCUUUUCUACCGUG